AUAAAAUAUAAGGGUUUGCUCAAGUUUUAAGAGCGCCUUUUCUAUUUUUAGAUAUUUGCUUAUAUAUUGCAAUGGAAAACGCUUCAAAUUAAAGAAAAUCUAUUGUUUUUGGACGUGGCUCCCGGCAGGCACAUUCUGGGGUUGCGACAUCUAAGUAACCUAGCCUGUGUUACAGCGUAUAUCGGGAAUGAUCUCAAGAUGAACCAAAUAAACUGGCUGCUGUAAAGCUUUAAGUUUCAAGAAGUGGUGUUUUUGUAUUUUUAGGCAAGGACAUCUAUUCUCACCAUGAAGUUGUACUGCCUAAGCAGUGAUGCAGCGAAGCCAUGCUUUGUCCUAUCAUUCAAGGAGCUACUCAUUAUGCUGGACUGCGGACUGUCGGCACACUCCGUGCUGAACUUCUUGCCGUUGCCUCCAGUACCAUCAGCGAGGCUUGCGAGUCUGCCUUCAUACACUCCACCGCAUAUUACUGAUCCACUUCUAGAAGGGGAGCUCAAAGAAUGCUGCGGCCGAGUGUUCGUAGAUUCAGCUCCGGAGUGGGCCCCACCUCUGGACAAAGUGGUAGACUUCGCACAACUGGACGUGCUGCUGGUGUCCAACUACACAUGCAUGCUGGCGCUGCCGUUCAUUGUGGACACACCCGGGUUUAAAGGGCAGGUGCUUGCUACCGAGCCGACUUUGCAGAUUGGGAGAUUCUACCUCGAAGAGCUCUCCGAAUGGCUGUCUAACUGCAGCACCGGCGCCGCGGCCAAGCGCUGGAAGGAACUCCUUCACGUGUUACCACCGCCACUGGCCCACGCCUCAAGACCUCGGGCGUGGCGUCGCCUGUAUUCCGCAGAGGCGUUACAACGGGCGUUGGCGAGAGUACGAGUUGUUGGGUAUGAUGAACGAGUGGAUAUUUAUGGCGCUCUGGAUGCCACACCAGUGUCAUCUGGCUUCUGUCUCGGCUCCGCUAACUGGGUACUACGCUCAGCGCACGAAAAAGUAGCUUACGUCAGUGGGUCAUCUACUCUGACAACGCACCCUCGACCGAUCAAUCAGGCCGCAUUACGUGGGGCAGAUCUGCUUCUGUUGGCCGCACUCACACAGACACCGGCGCAUAACCCGGACAACAUGCUUGGCGACUUAUGCGUCCACUGCGCUACAACCCUCCGCGGCGGUGGCGGCGUUCUAUUACCCGUCUACCCUUCAGGCGUACUCUAUGACCUGCUGGAAUGUCUGGGAGCUCAUCUAGAGGCGGCAGGCUUAGCACAUGUACCUCUAUAUGUGCUCAGCGAGGUCGCGGACGCGUCGCUGGCUUACUCCAAUAUACUGGCCGAGUGGGUCAGCCAGGCAAAGCAGGCUAAGGUAUACCUGCCCGAGGAACCUUUCCCUCACGCGGCCCUGGCACGCGCAGGCCGCCUCCGACACGCCCGGAGGCUCCACGACGACGCAUUCAGCCGGGACUUCCGGCAGCCGUGCGUCGUGUUCGCCGGACACCCGAGUCUGAGAUUCGGCGCUGCUGUACACCUUGUUGAACUGUGGGCGCAGAACCCUAUGCACGCUGUUAUAUUUACUGAGCCUGACUUCCCGUACUUAGAAGCGCUGGCACCGUUCCAACCGCUCGCCAUGAAGGCGUUCCACUGCCCCAUAGACACGUCCCUCAACUACAGCCAGGCCAACAAACUAGUCCGAGAGCUGCGGCCUCGAGAGCUGGCGUUACCGGAGCAGUACGCCGCCCCUACUGCGGGACCCGCUAGACCGCACAUUAGCGCCGACGUGCCGACCGUGGUGCUGCGCCGCGGCGGCGCGCGAGCCGUCGGCCUCCGCCGCCGCGCCGCCCGAGGCAUUCUCGCCGGGGCAUUGGCCCAAGCCUUACAACCUAGGCAGCUACGUCCGGGGCUAAGGGCGGCGCCUUUACAAGCGCUGUUAGCGUUGAGGGAUUCGAGAUUGGAGUUGCAGCCUGUGGAACCGAUUCCGAGGCUGCCUGGGGACGCAGCGCCGGAACCGGCUAGGUUGGAGUGGGGAGAUUUAGACGUGGAGCGCCUGGUGCGCGAGUUGUCCCGCGAGGGGCUCGGGGAGGCGCGCGUGGAGCCGGCGGCGGGCGGCGGGCGCGCCGUGCACCUGCCGCGCCACGACACGCUCGUGGUGGCCGAGCGCGGCAGCACGCACGUCUUCUGCGAGGCAAGGGCCCGCCCGCACGUCAGGCUCAAGCUGAGGAAGGCGCUCGCCGCCUGCUUGAAUCAUCUCUAA